CCGUUUCGGGGUGGCCGGACCCGAACGUACCUCGGCUCGUCCAUCUACGAAGGCGCUCCAUCGGUGUUUCAGCAUGACCGUGUCUUGUCCGAGUACUACCCGGCCGGUCAUCAUAUGAGGUCUCGUACCUGGCAUUCCGUUCCUUCGUCCGACUAAUCCCUCGUUGGAGUUGCUCCAGAUCUGCAGUGAGAUCGGAUUCGCAUAUCGAUUUCUAUUCGCUUCCGCCUUGUUUGCAUUUACCUGGGAAUCACGUCGUGUGCCCCAUAACAAAGAUGCCAUUCAACACCGAAUUGACCCGCCGACUCGGCAUCGCAGUCCCUGUUGUACAGGGUGGUAUGCAGCAUGUCGGGACCGCCGAGAUGGCGAGUGCCGUGUCCAACGCCGGCGGGCUGGGCAUCAUCACCGCACUUAUUUGGCCUGAGCCCGAAGGGCUUCGGCAGGAGAUUCGCAAGUGCAGGAAGUUGACGAGCAAGCCGUUCGGCGUCAAUAUCACCCUGCUCCCUGCGCUUGUGCCCCCUAACUAUGACGCUUACGCCCAGGUCGUUAUCGACGAGGGCAUCAAGAUUGUCGAGACGGCCGGCAACUCGCCAGGCCCCGUCAUCUCCAAGCUCAAGAAGGCCGGCUGCAUCGUCCUGCACAAGUGCACCACCAUCCGGCACGCCCAGUCUGCUGUAAAGCUCGGUGUUGAUUUCCUGAGCAUUGACGGGUUUGAGUGCGCUGGCCACGUCGGCGAGUCGGACAUCACAAACUUCAUCCUCCUUAGCCGGGCGCGGCAAACGCUCAAGGUGCCCUUCAUCGCAUCGGGCGGGUUCGCCGACGGGCAGGGGCUCGCAGCGGCGUUGUGUCUCGGCGCCUGCGGCAUCAACAUGGGGACGCGGUUCUUGUGCACCGUGGAGAGCCCCAUCCACCACAACAUCAAGGAGCAGAUCGUCAAGGCGCAGGAGACCGACACGGCGCUGGUGUUGCGGCGCUGGAAAAACACGACCCGCCUGUACCGCAACAAGGUCACCGAGCAGGCGCUCAAGGUCGAGCAGGAGAGCAAGACGGGCGAAUUCUCCGAGAUCGCGCCUUAUGUCAGCGGCAAGCGUGGGCGCGAAGUCUUCAUCAACGGCGAUCCCGAAUACGGUGUUUGGACUGCCGGCCAAGUAAUUGGUCUUAUCCAUGACAUUCCCACGUGCAAGGACCUCGUUGCUAGGAUUGAGAAGGAAGCGGAAGAGACGCUGAGGGAAAAGAUCGGGCUGUUUACGACUUCAGCGAAGCUGUAAUUGGCGUUCAGCGUAUACAUGGGCAUGUUGGGAUGUUUUGAGUAGCCUGGGGGAUAUAGCAUUUUAUAUUACUACCGCAUCUCCGAGUCUAUAACUACCGUUGUCGAAGACAAUAAAUCAGAACAUAUUAAGUUAUACAAAUAUUCAGGCAACAAGCUAGCAAAUACGUAUGAAAAACUUCACUC